ACUUUAUAAAAUUAGGCUAAUUGCCCAUCAGGCAUUUUCCAUAUAUUAAGAGCUUAUUCGUAUGACUAGCCUACCACAUUUAGGUCCGACGUGCGAGGACUACCGGUAUUAGGCGUUUUUCUCCAAUAAUGUUGCGGUGGGUCCGCGGUAACAAAUGCCAAACCCACAAAUAGCAGGGUAAUGGCCAAGCCAUGAAAUCCACCCCGAUAGGGCUUGCCAAUCCAAUACCUUUCCCAUAUAACGUUAGCAUGAUCCCAUGAGAGAGGAAUACCGAGGCCGGAACAAAUUUUUCCUUAUUCACAGCCAUGGCAAUGAUGGAAGAGACUGGAAAACGGAAAUCCACGCCAAGGUCGAAGACGGGAUGCAAGAAUUGCAGGUGAGCUAGCUCCCGCUCAUGGCUUCGCUGUCAGUUCUGUCAAUUCAUCGGCUUACCUUCUCUCGCAUCGUAGGCUGCGCCGGAUAAAAUGUGGAGAAGAACGCCCCUCUUGUUCUCGCUGCGUCAAGAGUGGCUUGAAUUGCACUUUUGAUCCAGAGCCCGAAAGUUCUCACGGCUCGGGUUCUUUUCUAACCUUUUCCAUGAGACCCGACGAUUCUGGGGCUCCGUCUGAGACUGUUGCUGGUUAUGUUCCUCCGGGGCUGAAGCGAAAGAUAGAAGCUCAAGCAUUACGCACCCAGCGGAAAUCCCGUCCAGUAACCAAACCACUGAGGUGACUAUGUUUAUUCUAUUUAGCAUAUCAGGACUGUAAUCUGACGGGAAAGCUCCAGGAAUCCCAACGAGAAAACAGUAGAAGAGAUACGAGAUUAUCGAAAUGAAUUGCAGCGUGUCUCGCCAACCACGACGAGCAUCCCCUUCCAACUUCCCGGGAACGAUGAAGAAAAGCUACAUUUUUAUUACUUCCGUUGUGAAACUCUCCAUGACCUUGGUGGACACAGGCAUCUUGACUUCUGGGGAAAGACUGUCAUUUCAUAUAGUCAAGAAGAGCCAGUAGUACGACAUGCUGUAUUAGCUCUCAGCGCAUUCCACCGCAAUAGAACCUUCAACCAAGCUAUAUACGACAAUAACUCGAUGCAACAAUACAAUAAGGCCCUGCGAGAGGUUCGCAAAUUGAUGGCUAGCCAGACUAAUCCUCCGAUUGAGAUGAUUUUAAUUUGCUGCAUGAUAUUUUACAGCAUCGAGACGACGCGAGGAGACCACGAAACAGCAUCAAAACACGCGAAGUCCGGUCUCCAAAUACUAAAGCAUUUUUACCCCGAGAUGAGAGCCAUAGGUGGCUCACUGAAAACUCCACGCAAACGAAAAGAGAUUGACCGCAAUCUUCUCGCCUUAUUCGUUGGCACAGAUUUAUCACUUUGCGGUCAAGAUGGUUAUAACCGAGCACCAGAUUUCGUAACGACGACGAUAGAAGAGCGAAGCGGGAAAACCCCAACGAUGCCAGCUAAAUUCACAAGCGCACUCCAAGCCUCCGUCGUCUCCAACAAACUCGUCAACUGGACCUUUCAGAUCCGCGCCUUGAUUCUUCGACAGUGGCAGGACACGGGUCUUCCCUGGGAACUUCCCCCACAUUUGGUAAAAGAGAUAGAAAUCAUACAGUCCGAGUUGCAUCGGUGGACAUGGGCGUUCCGACGCUUCGUCCAGGCCAAGAAGCUCGCAAGGGCUAGCCGAGACGAACUGGACGAUAUCCUUUGCCAUCAACACCAAAUCCUCAUGUUCAAAGUCAAGUUUCCGGAUCUCCUGAUACCGGAUCCGAAAAUGUUAGCAGGGGAUAUAGCGAAGUCCCUUCAGAUGGAUUACGAAACCAAAUCCAAGUACUUUGGAGAAAUCCUUAGUAUAUUUGAAACUCUGGCAGUGGACUUUGUAGCGAAAGAUGAACGGCCUCGAUUUACCGUUUUCUACGAUGGAUCGAUUAAUUCCCUAUCCUUGAUUGGUAUCGCGUCGGGGAAUGAUUCUAUGAGACAGAGAGCUGCGAAUCUGCUGAAAAUCUGGCCGCAGAAAUCGGGCUUGACGGAUGGGAAGAGGAUCGGAUAUGCGAUUGAGAGAUCUUUGGAAAUUGCGAGACACAGGAGGGAAGAAUUUCCGGAUGAAGAUAAAGACGUCUUUCAGGAUGUGAUUAUGAGUGUUUUGCAAGAUCCCGCUUUUCAGGUUACUGGGGAGGCUAUUACUCCGAGUAAGCCGCUCGCCACUUUGACUGCUCAUAAUGACUGAGUGUGGACGGAUGCUUGGAUGAAAGGGCACUCGGUGGGAGUGAAUUAGCGGGUUUAUCACUUUCCCAGAUUACUGUCUGUAAUGGAGGACGGGCUUUUGUUAUGUGCCUCAAAGAUAGAUCAAAUGAUACCAAUUUCCACGAAUACACUGUUAAUUAUGCCUUGUAUCCUGAUAAAAU